AUGACUGCUGCAGUCAUGGAAAUUGGUGAUGACCUUGUUCACGACGCCAAAUCCGGUCAAGCAUCAGCAGCCUCUACAUCGAUGGUAGUCCCGAUGUAUCAUAAGAGCUCUGUUCACAGCCGGCUCCUGCUCACUCAACUCGCGGAACUUCGUGACGACUCUCGGCUGUGUGAUGUGGCUCUGGUUGUCAAGGGAACACGAAUCAAUGCUCAUCGACUAGUACUCACUGCAUGUUCAAAUUAUUUCAAAGCCAUGUUUACUAACGAAAUGGCCGAGAGUCGCUUGCGUAUUGAAAUGGUCGAUAUGGAAGCCUCGACGCUUGAUGCUGACGUCAAUGUACAGAGCAUUCUGCCUGCUGCUUGUCUGCUUCAGUUGAAUGAAGUUCAGGAAGUGUGCUGUGAGUUUCUAAAGAAGCAAUUGGAUCCGUCCAAUUGCUUGGGCAUCCGAGCGUUUGCUGACACUCACGCAUGUCGGGAGCUUCUUCGUAGCGCUGACAAGUAUACCUUGCAUAAUUUCCAGGAUGUUGUUGGCACUGAAGAGUUUCUUAUGCUUCCUGUAAACCAGUUGGUUGAACUUAUUUCAAGUGAAGAGCUCCAUGUGCGAUCAGAAGAGCAGGUUUUUGCAGCAGUUAUUCAAUGGGUUAGGUUCGACCUGCCUGCUCGAAAACAAUUUCUCUCGAAGUUAUUGGAGCAUGUACGGCUACCACUUUGUCAUCCCAAAUUCCUUGUCAGCACUGUUAGUGAGGAUGCGUUAGUGAAAGCUGACGCCGCUUGCCGAGACCUUGUUGAUGAAGCGAAGAACUACCUGCUUCUACCACUUGAACGGCCGAAUAUGCAGGGACCACGCACUCGACCGCGAAAACCAAUCAAAUUUGGAGAAGUUUUGUACGCUGUGGGUGGAUGGUGCAGUGGG